AUGGAUGACUAUACCAAAAUAGAGAAAAUUGGAGAAGGUACCUAUGGAGUUGUGUAUAAGGGCAGACACAAAACUACAGGUCAAAUAGUAUCCAUGAAGAAAAUCAGACUGGAAAGUGAAGAGGAAGGGGUUCCAAGUACGGCGAUUCGGGAAAUUUCUCUAUUAAAAGAACUUCGUCAUCCAAACAUAGUCAGUCUUCAAGAUGUGCUCAUGAAAGAUUCCAGAUUAUAUCUCAUCUUUGAAUAUCUUUCCAUGGAUCUAAAAAAAUACUUGGAUUCUAUCCCUUCUGGUCAGUUCAUGGAUGCUGCACUUGUUAAGAGUUAUCUGUACCAAAUCCUACAAGGGAUUGUGUUUUGUCACUCUAGAAGAGUUCUACACAGAGACUUAAAACCUCAAAAUCUAUUGAUUGAUGACAAAGGAACAAUUAAACUGGCUGAUUUUGGCCUAGCCAGAGCUUUUGAAAUACCUAUUAGAGUAUAUAUACAUGAGGUGGUCACACUUUGGUGUAGAUCUCCAGAAGUGUUGCUGGGGUCAGCUCGCUAUUCGACUCCAGUUGACAUUUGGAGUAUAGGCACCAUAUUUGCAGAAUUAGCAACUAAGAAACCACUCUUCCAUGGGGAUUCAGAAAUUGAUCAACUCUUCAGAAUUUUCAGAGCUUUGGGUACCCCCAACAAUGAAGUGUGGCCAGAGGUGGAGUCUUUACAAGACUAUAAGAAUACAUUUCCCAAGUGGAAACCAGGAAGCCUGUCAUCCCAUGUCAAAAUCUUGGAUGAGGAUGGCUUGGAUCUUCUCUCGAAAAUGUUAGUAUAUGAUCCUGCCAAACGAAUUUCGGGCAAAAUGGCACUGAUUCAUCCAUAUUUCAGUGAUUUGGACAAUCAGAUUAAGAAGAUGUAA